AUGACAUUUUGUCGACCCCAUCCUAAUAGAAUAUCUCGUGGGUCAGCCUCUGAGCGCGAAUCUGAGUUGGAACGAGUCAAUCAAGAACUCGAGCUAGAGCAAAUUAACCAAGAACUGCAAGAGAUAUUACAAUCAGAG